GCGACAGAACCUGCGACUGGAAGGACACAGCCACGCGACCCGACACCUUCGCAGCACUGAACCGACGGUUCUCGUGUACACGAUUCCCUCUCCCGGGAAACGGUACACUUCUUGCUGUGUGUGAGUGCGUGUGGGUGUGAGUCAGUGUAGAUCGCUGUUGAACUCCAGUUGAGAGAUGCGGACAACGAAGUUCUCCACAGUUGCUGGGCACCACCACCCCACUACUGUACUGAAAAGACAGCGAAAAGUCUGAAUUUCAACGUGCAACCACGUCCAGGUUUCCCCAAAUUGUCUCCAUGUUCUAGGCAUGGAGGGGAUCUCGUCUGAAGCACGCGAUCCUCGUCUUUUUGCCUGCCAGUCUCGUGUAAGAGGCGUUCGCUGUUUCUCUCGACAUUUUAACAAGCACAUGUGGGGCGCGGAAAGGGAGUUUGCGUGUAGAUGCGCUCCACAGAAAGUGUCUGCGGCUUCGGGUCUGACUUGCAUGUUCGGAUAAGAGGUUGGGCGGCCCCUGCACGUCGUCCCGGGGGUGCUAACGGGUACCUCGCCUGUCUCCUUUUUUGCGGUUUCUUUUCGAGGGUGAGAAGCAGCAGGGGCGCAAGUGAGUGGAACGCCGCGAGUCAAAGGCAGCGCGCCCUUUGCAGAGCAAAACGGUAGGUUGGAGGAGAACCGGCGCGAGACAGAAUGGAGAAAGUCGGGCUGCGGUUUUUGACCUCUACCAGGCAGAGCGACGCACAACAGCUACAUCUGGAAAUAGAUGUGCGCGUACCGAAGACGCGGGAGCACACAGUCAGGCGCAAGGCUGAAAAGGAGGUGGUGGCUUUUUCCGUCAAAAGAGACUGCAGAAAAAGCACGUUUUUGUACAGAUCCCGGGGGAAGUAUCGCCGCCAAGCGUUCUCAUCGUUGGGCUGCUUCCGCGCGAUCUCGGUUUCUCUGCUACCAGCAUCCAAGCUCGCGUAGCCCGAGCCUGCGUUUUCUGGCAAAAAACUCCUGACCUUUGCGCCUGCUUUUUCGGGAGUAUCUGGCGACUCGCCGGUUGCUGAGCACGUUGUCUGCGUUCACGUCUUUCAUCUGCGACUCCUUUUGCCCACUUUCUGUGAGUGACUUCUUUCUCCGCCUGUGUGCUGCGCUGACAUCUGCCGCUGUCCCGUCUCGCGUUGAAGAAACGCGCGCGCUCAACCUGCAGAACUCGCCUCGAGCGUACCCAUUUUCGCCUGCAAGAAACGCUGAAAGCAAGACCCGUCCGUCUUCGACAGAGAGAGAAGGACACCGCCGACGGCGGUCCCGAGUUUCAGCUCUCCGGCUGAACAAAUACCGGCGAUUCUCCGCGGCCACACACCUUUGCAAAGCGCAACUCGGUCUCCGGAAACUCGGCGUGAACCUGAGAUGUACACACACCUGACUUCGUGGCGGCCAGAAUGGACUGCCCGGGAUUUUCGAAGUCGCACUGAUUCCCGAAUUUUUCCACACUUUCGAGGCCGCAUUUUUUCCUUGUCCUCUCUCCGACCGCCUCUGUGUCUGCCAAGACAUCCGGGAGAAACGCGACGUUUUCCCGGUCCACCCGCCUUACGUCUCGUCUCCCCGGCAACCCAGGCUCCUUUUCACUGACUCCCCUUGAGAAGCAGCAGGAGAACGUUGAAGCGCGUUUUGUGCGCCUGGAGCUUCUGCUGUCGCCUCAGACACGAAAGGCACCUCGAGGGCCAAAGCGAAGAAGGAUUGCAGCCAUCACGCGUGAUCGCGAGCUGAUAUAGAGACUUCGCUUUCGACGUCCCUCUUCUGUUCGGAUUCUCGAGCUGCUUCCUCCUCUGCAUGAGGGAGACCCUUCCCACUGUUUGACGACGACGCGGCUGCUCCGCCCGUUUCUCGGUUCCUUCGUUCUUUUUCUUUGCUUUGUACCCCGCGCUUUUCUCCCGCGAGAAGCGUGAAACCGGACACAAAGACACUUGUGCAGGUCCGUUUUCUCCUCGCAUCCGUCUGCGGACUCCUUCCUUCACAGGCUGUGCCGGUCUCUCUCUGUCUCCGGGUCUCGUUUUUCGUGUCUCUCUCUUUGCUGGUCGCCUACCACUCUGGCGAGACUCCCCAUGGCUCUUCCGACUUCGGAGCUGUCUCCCCCUGGCGGGGUGGCUGAGAGCUCGCACUUGAACGGAGAUCCUUUCCAAGAAAGACAGCAGUACAUCACCAAAUGCCCGAGCUGCUCCUUUCUUCGCUUCUCGCCUCCGGACUGCAGCUCAGUGGAAACGGCCUACGCGACAGACGUGACUGUCUUCGAGAGAGACCAAGGCAUCCUCGUGGAGAGUUUCCUGGAGUUCACGCGCGCCGUCAGAGGAACGCAGUUGCAGCUGCUUCGGGAGGAGUCGCCUUUGAGUUCCGCUUCCGAGCAUCGCCUCUCGGUGCCUUCUUUGUCAACGUCUCUGACGCCAGGCUCCGAGAAAGAAGCGACUCGCUGCCUGUAUCGCAUUGUGGAGGGCGGUUUCCGAGAAACGUUUCCUCCCAUCCCUCACAGCCUUCACUAUCCAGACAGCGUUUCGCUGUCUUCUCCCAAGAGCGGCAAGAGCCGCAGCGAGGCUGUCGAGGUGACGGUGUCCACGGCAGUCUCGCCCUCGACUCUCUCGCUGCCUCUCGGCGAAAGUUACAGCGAGAACUUUUCUCCCCACUCUGCUCUGUCGCACGCAGAAGCCGCCGCUGCGGUCGCGGCCCGCGUCGACGCCGCGAGAAGCUCCGCCGCCGUCGCUCUGCCCGGCCAGCUCAACGCCCUCGCUUCCCACCUCGAGCACCGGCUGUACAGACAUCGGACGGCUGCGCGCCAGACCGACGGGUCCCCGGCUCCGGGGACCUCUCGCUCGGAGGAGCGGAAGACUGCGCCGCGUCCGUCGGUCUCGCAGGAGGACGAAGAAGACUUUUUCGCGGGAGAAGAAGCGAAGAGAGACGGCAGCGACAACCUAGACGACCGCGUGCGAAAGUUCCGCGUGCUCGUCGCUGGCGCCCUCCUGCCGGGCGUCCUCGACGGCACUGCGGUGUACGUACAGGAGGCGAGGAUCCGCGAAGCCGAGGGAACGCAGGGAGAGCUGAACUUCGCGGGAGGAGAGAAGAGACAGACGGAGGAGGAAGAGAAGGAAGACGAGGCGAGCGUCGCUUUGGACAACGCAGACUUUUGCACGAAGCAGGGCCGCAAAAAGACGCAAAAUUCGGGAAUCACCGCUGAAGCGCUGCUGCAGGAUCUUCUCCACGACUUCGCCUACGGAGGCCUCUUCAGCUGUGUUGGAGGCAGACCAGAGGAGAGAGACGAGACUCAGGCAGAGACGUCUGGGACAGAGAGAACCCAGAAGACGGUGGAGGCGAGUGUCGUUGCACUGCUGGAAGCUCCGAAAGAGAAGGACCUGGGUGGACAGUCAUCCGAGGGCGAGUCACGCGAAACAACGCCCAAGUUGUUUCUCUACUUCCACUUCAAAACCUCCGACGAGAUGAAGCAUGCGCUCGAGAGCUCCGAGUGGGCGGGGUUCCAGGCAGCGUUGCAGAGCCUCUGUGUCUCCGGCUCUCUGACGUCGAGGCUUUUCCACGGCGUCGCUCAUUCGCGCCGUGAGAUCACAGGCGCCUGCGCUCCUGCGGUCCUCGACGUUUCUCCUCACUCACAGGAGCCGACGCCGUUUGUGCCUCCUCAGGAGCAGGCCGCGGGUCCCCGGCGUGACACGUUCGACUGGUCGACGCAGUUGGACGGGAGCGCCGUCGUUCAGGAGGAUCCGCGGCUGCGGGAUGUGGUGGACCAGCUGCAGCAUCGCUUCGGCCAUCUCCGUCGCGUGAUUGAAAGCAUUACAAGGAAGUUUGGAAGCCUCGAGACCUUUGCGAGCGGCCACAAGGUCUUUGGAUUCCAGAGAGUCGAAGCAGACAGAGGGCGCCCUGGAGGCUGGUCCUAUCGAGAGUGGCUGCCGCAUGCGUCGCAAGUAUUUCUCUUUGGAGAUUUCAACGAGUGGAAUCGAACGUCGCACCCUCUGCAGCGUGAGCCGCGCGACGCCUCUCCCUUCUUCUUCGAGACUGAACUUGGGCUCGACUCGGAGGUCGCGACAGAGAGAGGGUCUGCUGAAGGAGACAAACGCACGCAAGAAGGAGGCGUCUGGAGUCUCUUUAUUCCAGACCACGCCGACGGCUCUUGGGCGCUCCCCCAUCGAUCGCGCGUGCGAGUUCGAGUGGUUUCUGCGAACGGAGAAGACUUUGACCGUGUGCCUGCCUGGGCGACUGUCACAUGGAAAGGCGAGGCGUCCAAGUUAUUCAACGCCGUCAUUUGGAAGCCGCCGCGCGAAGAGGAGUACGUCUGCCGCCACCCCAGCCCCACCGCGGGGACUCUGGAGGCCGCGCCUCGCGUCUACGAAGCCCACAUCGGGGCAAGCGACCCCAGCGGAGAGCGACUGGGGACCUACUCCGACUUCGUCGACGUCGUCCUCCCGCGCAUCAAACGACUCGGCUACAACACAGUGCUGCUCAACGGCGUCAUUGAGCAUGCAGACUACGCGUCGUUUGGAUUCUACGUGUCCAGCCCGUUCGCGGUGAGCAGCCGCUUCGGGACUCCCGAGGAGUUUCGCCGCCUCGUCGACUCCGCGCAUGCAAUCGGUCUGAGAGUUCUGCUCUCCAUUUACCACUCACAUGUCUCGCGGAACGCUCUGGAGGGCCUCGGGAACAUGGACGGUUGUGAGUCGACUUACUUUUUGGAUGGCGACGCUGGCACCAAUGCGGAGUGGCAGGAAGCGAAGUUGUUCGACUUUGGAAAAACCGAAGUCCUCAGGUAUCUCCUCUCAAACAUCAAGUUCUUCGUCGACGUCUACAACGUGGACGGCUUCCGAUUCGAAGGCGUCACCUCGAUGCUGUACACGCACCACGGGACAGCUCGACGCUUCGAUCCGUUUGACUACGGGGCGUACUUCGAGCCAGGGUCUCUGCAGGCCUCGUCACUCCUCUACCUCUCCAUCGCCAACUCGCUUCUCGCUUCCCUGCUGCCCUCGCCGCGCCGUCUGUCGAUCGCAAACGAAUGGUCUGCUUUUCCGACGCUCUGCCGGCGCGUCGACACGGGUGGGCUUGGCUUCGACUUCCGCCACGAAGGCGGCUGGGCGCAGAAACUCCGCGCGCAACUCCAGCAACUCGGCGGCCGCUCCUGGCGCCUGAACGAACUGGUGUGGACGGUCGCCAGCAAGCCGAACACGGAGAAGGUUCUUGCUGCAUUCGAGGAUGCAGACACAACGCGACGGUGCAAACGGCCUUUGUCGGUGGCUCUGUUUUCAUGGGAGUCGCUGCACACGCAUGCAGUUGGAGGCGUCGCGCCGCAUGUGACGGAGUUGGCGGCGGGGUUGGCGCGUCAGGGCCAUGAGGUGCAUAUUUUUGUCCGCGCGACCGGCAUGGAGGCGGUGACGACAGUCCACUUCGACGUCACAUAUCACCAGUGCACCUUCAACCUCGACAGAGACUUCGUGAAGGAAAUGGGGAACAUGUGCGACAGCUUCGUCCAAAGGCUCCUCCAAGUCGAGGCCUCCAGAGGCGAAACCUUCGACAUCUGCCAUGCACACGAUUGGCUCGCUGCCCGCGCAAUGGUUCGAGCCAAACAGCUGGGCAGGACGGCAGUCAUGACAAUGCACUCGACAGAAUUCGGACGCUGCGGAAACAACGCUUACGGCGGAGUUUCGAAGAGCAUUCGCGACAUCGAAGCUGAGGCAUGUCACAUGGCCGACCGCGUCAUCUGCGUCAGCGGCGUGCUCGCACAGGAAGUGCAGACUCAGUACGGGAUCCACCCGGAGAAAAUCAAAGUGAUUUACAACGGCAUUCAGUGCGAGCGAUUCGACGGCGAGGUGGACGCGGGCGAAGUCAAGGCGCAGUACGGCAUCCCUGCGAUGGACCCCACCUUCCUGUUCGUCGGCCGGAUGGUGGUCCAGAAGGGUCCCGACCUUCUUCUGGAGGCGAUUCCGUUCAUCCUGAAAUUCCGCAGCGACGCGAAGUUCGUCUUUGUUGGAGACGGCCAUAUGAUGGGACAACUGGUCCAGCGGUGUAAACAGCUCAACGUCGGCCACGCAGUGCGCUUCGUGGGCCAGAGAGGAGGAGCGGUGCUGCAUGCGCUUUUCAAGUCCUGCGACGCCGUCGUGGUUCCGUCGAGGAACGAACCGUUCGGCAUCGUGGUCCUCGAAGCGUGGAGCUCUGGGAAGCCAGUCGUCGCCACCAACAGCGGAGGCCCUCGCGACUUCGUCAAUCCACACCACACUGGCUACUUGGUGGAUCCAGAGCCGGGGAGCAUUGCAUGGGGCUGCUGCGAGAUUCUGAAGAACUUUGAGCACUCGCGGUGGAUGGGGUCUCGAGGCCGUGUGACGGCGGCGUUCAGUUUCAGCUGGGAUUCCAUCGCCACACAAACGGCCGAGAUCUACUGCGAGCAGACUUGUCGUCACGACUUGCCGCCGAACUGCACGAACGCGCGAAAGGGUGACACAACGAUGGCUCUCGCUCUCGUCGGACCGGCCUUGCAUGCGCAUAUGGCCGUCUUCGACGACGAUCCGAACGUAGCGAAUGGCUUGGCCCUCUGGCGCACCCUGCGCCUCCUUCUCUUCGUCGUGGCUGACGGCUGGCUGAGCUUCAUGGGCAACGAAUUCGCUCAUCCCGACGAAGUGGACUUGCCGCGUCCCGCAAACCAUUUCUCCUUAGCGAAGAACUUCCGCCGGUGGAACCUUGCAGACGACGUCCACCUCAAGUUCAAGCACUGCGAGUUUUUCGAGGCCUUCUUGAGCCACUGGGAAAACGUCUUUGGCUCCCAGAGCGCGCGUCACCUGUUCGUCGUCACAUGCAGCGAGGAAGAACAAGUCGUCGUCCUCGAACGCGGCGACUGCCUCGUGGCGAUCAACCUCCAUCCGACGCAAAGCUACGAAGGCUUCCACACCGGCUGUAUGUACAGCGGCCCCGAGAUGCAGCUUCUUUUCGACACGGACGAGGAGCGUUUCGGUGGCUUCGGACGGCUCACGGCCAGAAGCUUGCAUCCAGUUCUCUCCGGCAAAGACAGCAGACCGCAUUCAGUCAAGCUUUAUCUCCCCUCGCGUACGGGCGCUGUCUAUGUGUCAAGUCACCUCUUCGACCAACGCUACGCAGCACGAUGGGACGCCGAUCCUGUGAUGCAUUUCACAGCCGAUGACUUCGUGGCGCAUCUCGCAACCGUCAAAGCGGAGUGCAUGCAAGCCAUCUCGUGAUCAAACUUCCACCACACAGGAGACGCCUUCGCCGAAGAAAACAGACCAAGUGCACAUACGUUUCUGCAUGCCUAGAGAUAUUCAUGUCUACAUGCAUGCAUGCGUCUGCUCGCAAGUGUACCUGCAUUGCCACAGGCGCAUAUUUAGACAUCUGCAUGUGCGUCUGUCUGUAAGCAUUCACAACCGCCAAGUUGUGUGCGCCGUUCUCCAGAUGCGCAGACCUGCAUCGUUUUAAGAGUGGAGGACUCUGCCUUUCAGAAGACAACAGGCUCGAGAGAGAAAAAGCAGAUGCUGUGUGGCUGACGCUUCUUCUUUUCCCCCUUUGAAUGACUUCCCGUGUCUGCCGAAGACCAGCGAGACGCCGGCGAUGAGAGAGGAUCCACUCGUCUCUCUUCUUCCGCCCUCUGAAGUGAGGCAGAGGGCCUUCUGUUUGUCGGGUGUACGUCCACCGCAGCUGCGACUUGGCCAGGCCACGGCGCGGAGGCCGGCGAGUGCCGCGCAUGCAGCGCAUCGUUUUUUGUGGCGUUUCUUGUGCGUCGCCGUUCUCUCUGUGCGCCGCCCGCCGCGUCGACCUUUUGUUCAGGCGAACGCCCUUCCGUUUUUCCGACUCGUUUUUCUCCGCGCACACUGCGAAAGAGGAAACGAACUGUUUCUUCGCAUGCACAGGGGCCGAUGCGCGUUUCGCGAUCUUCGCACCCAUAGUGGCUCCCUCGUCGCGGCUUCUUCUCUUCUCCCGUAGUCUGCGUCUUCUCCCCCGAAGACAUUUGACAGAACGGGGAGAGGGGAAAGAAGCUGAACGUAUAGGGCGGUGCAUAUAAGGGCAAGUCCUCUCCUAGAGACCGAAAACGACGCAGCCGCCCAGUCGUUCCACUGUGUUUCACCCUUCUUUGGGGGAAACGCCAGACAACAAAAGACAAAGCGAGAGCGACUAUCGCCCAGAGUACUCAGGUGCAUCUGCGUCUUAAUCCCGCGCGCUUCAGAAACGCUGCUGUUCACUGCUGCUCGUACACUUGCACGCGUUUUGAAACGCCGUCUUUUGUGUGCCUCUGCAUGCUUCUCGUUAGACACACCUCCUCUGUCUCUGUUCCACUUUUCCGAUGUCGUCCCCCCCCUUUUUGCCUCGUCGCAUGCAGCGAGGGGCAUGCAGUUUUCCUCUGAAACUCUGUCACAGCGAGAUGGUGCCGUGGUUCGACUCUCGCUGAAAACUCUGGAAUGUUUUUUGGAAGACGAA